GUUGAGCUCAUCUGACCGGCUUCCCGCACUGGAGCCAAUGUUCGCGCAGCAAGGGCGCCGGGCGGUUGCACGCAGCAUGGCGCGCGCACCGAGCCCGCUCACAGCUGCACUCCUCCUCUGUGUUGUCGGCAGCGCAGGAGCGACGUCGUUUUGCUUCAACACGUCGUACGUGUCCACGCAGCUGGACCUCAUGCUGGCGGAGUACGAGCGCGCCGAGCUGCCGCCGGGCGCCGUGCGCGUCCGCGCGGCGCUGGACGUGCAGCACGCCACCAUCGACGACAGCACGGCUACCGUGAGGCUGCUGGCUGCUAUGCAUUUGAAUUGGGAGGACAAGCGUCUGUCGUGGAACGCGAGCAGCUGGGGCUGCCACGUGACGGUGACGGCGGCGGAGCGGCUGUGGCUGCCCGACGUCAACGCGCUCAACGCGGUCACCGGCGGCAACGCAGCGGGCGUGGGGCUCCGCGCGCGCCUGUUCAGCGAGGGCCGCGUGGCCUGGGUGCUGCGCUUCGACCUCACGACGCCGCUCAGCCUGGCGCUGCAGGCCUGGCCCACCGACGUGCAGCACGUCACCUUCAAGUUCGGCUCGCGGCACCAUGGGGGCUUGUUCAACUUGAGCGUUGAAGAUUUUUCGCACGCGACCGUGUUCGAGUCCGGCACGUGGGAGCUGGUGAAGGUGAGCAGCACGGAGUCGACGUGGCGCGGCGGCGACGUGGCGGCGUGGCAGGUGACGCUGCGGCGGCGCGCGGCGGCGCACGCGCUGGCCGCGGGCAGCGUGCUGGCGGCGGCCGCGCUGCUGCUGCUCGGCGCCGCGCUGCUGCCGCCCGCCGCGCGCCCCGCGCUCGCCGCCACCGCUGCGCUCACUGCCUCUUUAUGGUUGGUGUCGGCGCUGGCGCGGCUGCCGGGCGCGGCGGCGGCGCCGCAGGUGAUGCGCGUGCUGAGCGCGCUGUGCGUGUGCGCGGCGCUGCAGGGCGCGGGCGCGGCGCUGGCGCGGCGCGUGGCGGCCGUCACGUCGCCGCCGCCCGCCGCGCUGCGCUCGCUCGUCACCGCCGCCUCCUCGCUCUGCAACCUCGCACCGCCUGAUGGCAGCUCGGCGGAGUGGAGCGCGUGGGCGGCGGCCGCGCAGCUGCUGGACCAGGUGCUGCAGGCGGCCUUGCUGUUCGCGCUCUUCGUCCUCGUGUGCGUCUACCUCGCCAUCCCCUAGCCGGACAUCCCCUCGCCAGCCUAGGUGACUGCUUCCAGGACGAAAACAAAAUGAACCGGGCUGCAGUUGGCGACAAAUUAAAAGAAGGAAAAAAAACAAAGAAGUAGGCAUGCGAUGUGUUCAUUUAACAUAUUGAAUGGCUGUCUAUACUGAAUUGUCAUCCAUCCAGAGUCCCGCGUCAGUCUUGCGGCGCACUAGUUUACUGAGACAGAAUACGAGAAUACCGCUCUUGCAUUAUAUUGGUGCUUAUUGUAUCAAGGUUCAAUAACAAGAAUUAGGUAAACUUAUUACUACCUGCCAAUACCUACUUAGGACUUUAUUUUUACACUUUAAUCUUCUUGUUAAUCUUAUGAUCAAAAAGACAUUAAAGUCACUUCUGUGAUAGAUGUAAUAAGUACUUAGAUAGGUAAAUAAAAGGACCUGAAUUAAUGAUUGUGCCAUUGUAUUUUAAUAUUUUAAUUGUUAGAGAAUUAAUAAUUUUAAUUGCGAAUUAUAUUCAAUUACAAGUAGGUGCCUAAAGAAUUUCAAUAAAAAAUAUUUUUUUUU